AAAAAGGCAAUAAAAGUUUUGGCACGGAGCACAUUGGAGAAGUACAGAACGGAUUAGAACGACGCCGUUACAAUCUUCUUCUUAAACCCAGGAAGCACCAACGAAGAACUUGAAGAAGCGAAGAGCUUAAAUGGCGUGCUUGCUCUCCAUAAGCUUUUCCACGCCUCUCCGUACUACACCAAUCCUACUCCAGGAGGUACAUCUGAGAAAAUUAUCUCUAAAUAGACUCUUAAGCCAAGCAAAUGCCAGAACAGCACCAACGUUUCUUGCCAUCUGCAAUAUUGCUAAUAAAGGCAUAUUUUCAAUGAACCGGAUCUAUCGACAUCACUUUUUGACACCCACGAGAGGUCGUUCUGAAAUUGAUUCUUGCCCUUGGAAUGUAGGUUCUUGUGCCAAUUAUAUGGUAAUAGCUGGUUAUUGGGUGGGACCUGAUCUUGAUGAUGGUUGGGGAUUUGUUGAAGCUUUUAUCUAUCAAAUUACUUGAUUUUUGGCUUAUUUUACUUACCUAAUUACUAGAUAUAUGGAUGUUGAAUAUAUAUGGGUGGAACAUGGGGCCAUGAUCCAUGCCAAAUUGUUUUGCUCAUGGGAAGAUUGUGGUCCAAGCAGAAGUAGAAACAUCUCUUUAUAAAACAUCCAAAUAGCAUUAGCAAAUAUUUACAAACGCCGCUGAUUAUAGGAAAAGGAGGUGUUAGGAUACUUGGUGGCCCGAUCUUUUGUAAAGAGUAGGAGCAAAGCUUCAAGGACAAAGAAUCUUUACCGAGUUCCCUUGUUCUUUGAGUUUUUGGGAAAGACUUUCAUCUUAUUAUAUUGAAAAACAGUACACAUAUAUGUUCUCCUUAAA